GGCCGAAGCGGCCCGCGCAGGGACCGGGCGGGACCCGCCACGGGAGAUUCUACCCGUCUCCCAAGGUCGGGGCUUGAACCCUGCCGGAUAAAGCCGGAGCCGCCCCCCUCUUUUCCCAGCCAUGCGAACUGCGGGAUGAAGCUGGAAGCUGUGGUGGAGCAGCUGCAGAACCAGCAGCAGCAAGCAGCCGCCGUGCAGAUGGAUUCGGAGCGCGGGAGCGGCCAGCUGCGGGAGGCGCAGGUGCCGUUCCCGCAGCAGGCUGCGGUGCAGCGCGCCGUCCUGCGCGCCGGCCGCGCUCCGGCCGCAUCGCCCGGCGCUCUCCUGGCCAGAGCCCCACCUCCGCCGGGACCCGCCCGGGCUUUCGAUCAGAGCAGCAUGAAUUCUGAGCCUGACGAGGAGGAGGAGGAAGAGGAGGAGGAGGAAGAAGAAGAGGAAGAUGACGAGGAGGAGGAGGAGGAAGAAGGCGGUUUGGAAGGCAGCGAGCUGGAUGGCGCUGACGUGACGGGGAAGGAAAGCUGCUCUGCUCUGAAGUAUUUCCGUGCUCCCAAAGUUGCCCAUCCCAACCAAAGAGUGGCCUCUACCUCUAAUCCUCUCCCAGCUCCAGGGCACCAGCGGGGGGGGCAGCAGGGCAAAGAAGAACAGGGUAAAGACACUACUAAGCAGCUGCAUUCCGGGUCCCCGGCGGGACGCCCCAACUGGCGCUUGGACGAGCAGCUCAAACAGAAUGGCAGCGUGACCUGGAGUGAUGAUGGUGAUGGAUGCCGAGGAAGAGAAAUCUCACGGGACUUUGCCAAGCUCUAUGAACUGGAUAGUGAUCCUGAGCGGAAAGAGUUCCUGGAUGACCUCUUCAUUUUCAUGCAGAAGAGGGGAACUCCCAUCAAUCGGAUCCCCAUCAUGGCAAAGCAGAUCCUGGACCUCUACAUGCUCUACAAGCUGGUGACCGAAAAGGGAGGGCUGGUGGAAAUCAUCAACAAGAAGAUCUGGCGGGAGAUCACCAAAGGCCUUAAUCUGCCCACCUCCAUCACCAGUGCCGCGUUCACCCUGCGGACACAGUACAUGAAGUACCUCUAUGCCUAUGAGUGUGAGAAGAAAUCCCUGAGCUCCCCGGCUGAGCUCCAGGCUGCCAUCGACGGGAACCGGCGGGAGGGCCGGCGGCCCAGCUACAGCUCCUCCUUGUUCAGCUACUCACCCACCACCUCAGGGCCUCCCUCCCUCCUGUCUCCCCCCAAAAUCCGCUUCCCCAUCAUCGGCGUGGCACCAGGCAGCGGGACCAGCAACCCUCGGGUGUCUCCAGCAGCAGCCAUCAGAAAAGGUGACGGAGUGCCCUUGACUGUGUCUAUGCCAAAUCGUAUUGCUGUGCCAGUGACCUUGAGUAGCCAGCAGGCAACUGUGGCAGCAAGAACAGCCACCCUGGAGCAGCUGAGGGAGAGGCUGGAGUCAGGAGAGCCUCCGGAGAAGAAGGUGUCACGGACGACCGAGGAGGAGCAGCGGCUUGUCCAGCAGGCUCUGCAGCGCAACCUGUUCAGCAUGGCACGGCAGAUCCCCAUGAAGAUCAAAAUCAAUGGCAAGGAAGACAAGCCCGACUCGACAGCAGCACUGAACUUGUCACCCAACGGCAUCGGGAGCAUUAACAUGUCUGUGGAGAUCAACGGCACCACUUAUGCUGGAGUGCUCUUUGCCCAGAAACCCGUCGUCCACCUCCUCGCCGGCUCCAGCACCCACAGCUCCUGCAGCAGCAGCAGCAGCUCCCACUGCUCUCCCAGCCCUACCUCAUCCCGAGGAACGCCCAGCACGGAGCCCUCCACCAGCUGGUCUCUCUGAUGGGCGGCCCAUUCCCUGUCUCACACUGGCCUCUGGCUCCCGGAGCGAGCCGGGAGGGAGUCGCACAGAUACCUCAUCUCAAGGAACCUGCUUUUGUGGUUGGCCAGCGGCAAGAUGAUGAUGAUGAUGAUGAUGAUGAUGAUGAAACCUUUCCAUGCCAGCGAGUUUUUCUUCAUCAUCUCCUUGUCCAGCCUUUUUUCUUUGUUCUCCCCCUUUCUUCCUCCCUUUUGCUCUUUGUUUUCUUCCUCCUCCUCCUCCUCCCAGGGUUUGCUGUGUUCCUGUCGGGGGUGGGACAUGGAGGGGGGGCACGCCUGGCGUUUUUCAAUCAGGGAUGGGCUCUAGGAGCUGCGGGUUGAGACAUGGCUGAGACGUCACCAAGGCAGGUUGAAAGAGCUGGAGUUGGGGCAGGGAAACUUGGUUCUCCUUGAGCCAGGAACCACAAGGACUCUUCCCACCAACCAACUCCGUGUUUUGACAAUCCUAAGAGCCGGCGGGGUGCCUUGCCCUGUCCUCCCUUGUGCUGCAGAACAGGCAAACUGCUUGUUUCCUUCCUGCUGUUUCCAUAUGUCCUCACAGGAGGCUCAUGAGCCUCCUUCCCCCUCUCCACGGUUUUGACAUGAGGGGAAGGAGUUCCUCCCUCCCUGCCACAUUGAAACCCUCUCUCCAUCAGCUGCUUGGUUCUUGCCGGUGCUGCCUGAUCCCUCCUGUUGCCUUCAGGCUUUCAGAAGUUUUAAAGGCCCUUGACCUUGCCUGUCUCUCAUGAGGAAUUCAUCCCACUGACCUUUACCCUGACAGCCUGAGCUUGUUGUGGCUCCUCUGAUCCUCUGCCCCCGUGACACUGUCACUCGGGUCGAUCCAGGCUUUCCUGAGAUCAGCCAUCUCACUUCUGCCUCCUGAGGUGGCUUCUGGUGCCCCUGGAAGCUGCCCACGUCUGUGUGCUGAAGAAAUAGGAGGUCAUCUCUGCAAUCCAUCUCGUGGGGGCCACAUUGUGUGCGUGGGUGUUGUGGUUAAUGUUAUACACGUGGGUUUUUUGUCUUUGAACAAACCCAGCUGCCCACGCCCCUUCAAACUGCACCUGAGCAGCGAAGACCUUUUGCUCUCCGGGGGAAAGUGGAGAGCAGGAAAUCAAGCCCUUCCUUGCCCUUUCUCCUCAGACCUCCAGUUGGAAGCAGAGCUGGCCCUGACUCCAUAAAUCAGCUCCUGCUCAGGUGGCCUUGUGCUGUCCCCCUCUCCUUCUGGCCUUUCCUCAGCCCAGAGAGAUGAUCCAAACUCCAUCCCUCCUGCCCUGGUGACGUCCUUCCCAUGCUUCAGGCCCAAGUCAGGUUUUUUUGAGCAGAUGAAAUACCUCAGAUAUGUACUUGUUGUUGGGUUGGUUUUGUUGGUUUUGGGUUGUUUUUUUAACCUCUUCAGGAAGUAUUGGCAUAUCUUAUCGCUUGGUUUUUUAAUAUGUGGGUUUGCUGACA